UUCCCUUAUGAGCUUCAUACAAUGCGUCUGAUUUUUUUUUUGGGUGAUGGUUUCAUAGACUGACUAAUAUAGAUCAACUAUGUCAACAUUCUGUAAGAUUGUUCUUCAACAAUCUCUCCAAGAUCUGAAGCUUAUGCUUCCGGAGGAGUUCGUGAGCAAGUUCGAAAGAAAUCUACCAGAUUUUGCAUUCUUUGAGCUCCCAAAUGGUUGGAUAUGGAAGCUGAGGUUGCAGAAACGUAAUGGAGAUGUGUAUUUAAGUUUACGUGAUGAUGAAGAAUCGGUAGAUUUCGCGAGCUACUAUUCUUUGCAGCAAGGGAACGUCAUCUUCUUUAAGUAUGAUGGAAAUGCCAACUUCGAUGUCCAAAUUUUUGAUGUCAAUGGCGAUGAAAUCAAUUACGAUCCCACUUUCUCAACAACAACAUCUAGCAGUGUAGAAGAAAAUGGUGAUGAUGAUGAUGAUUCCGUUAUUAUUUCUACAUAGUUUUUAUUUAUUUAUUUUAUGGGUAUAUUAUUAUUAUUAUUAUUAUUAUUAUUAUUAUUAUGCUGAAGGGUAACGUUAUUAUUUUAAUAAAGGAAAUGGACAAGGUUUAAAGGAGGAGCCGUUAGAAAAGGCUGUGUCCAUUAUUCGUAAAUGUGAAGCUUCAAAUUGCAAAAACCCUUUCUUUGUUGUCGGGAUUCAACAAGGUUAUAUUGAUGCAAAGUAU